AGGGAGUGAGAAAGGGGCACGGCGGAGCCCGCCGCUGCGGGGACGUGGCCGGGGCGGCCGGUGACAUCACGCGCUGGAGCCGCUGCAGAGGGAGGCGGAAAAUGGCUGCUGCGAGAAUGUUUUUCAGGGAACUUUUCAUAAAUCUUAAGGAUGACAAACAGAGAAGAGAAAAGGAAUGAAGAGAGAAGGUUCAAACAAAACUGUUGGCUCUCAGCUGAGAUUUGACCUCAGAAGGAGAAUCCAGGAGGUGAAGCUAUUUCAGAGAAGAGGAAGUAAAAGAAGGCCGUGUCUGUGACAAGAAAACCACUUAACAAUGAAAAAAUUUACACUGUUUGAUUUUGUAAAUGAUAACUCACUGCAAAUUGGAGAGACUUCAUGGAUACAGGACCUUCCCAGUGAUGACAAUGAACUAGAAAAACUUCUGAAACCAAAUGAGCACGUGCUAGUAAACUGGCCUGUGGGAGAAAGGAAGACAGAAAAGCACCUGGUGAAAGUUGUGUACAUGAGUGAUGACCCCCAAGAGCUAGUGGAAAUGAUGCAAAAGAUAUUACAAGCAGAUGAAAUUACAAAAAUACAAGUCCUUGGAAAAGGCAAGAGGAAGAGGAUAGAAAUGAUAUUCUCAGAGAGUGAAGACAGUGACCUGGAUAAAGAACAGGGUAAGAUGAUGAAGCAUAUAAAAAGAAAGAAAUCAUUACAGGCAUCUGCUCCUGUGAACAUCCUGAGUCAACUUGAAACAUCUUUAAUUAACAAACAGAGAGAAACAUAUUCAGGAAGCAACUUUCUGUACAGUGAAAGUAGCAGUGAUGAUGAAGAGCCUUUAUUUCAACUAUCCAAGGUAGAACUGUGUGCCAAAAUAAAAAGUCUCAAGAGGAAGCUGACAGACACCAUGAGAGAGAACUGCCGCCUAAGGCAGUCCCUGGUGAUGCUUCAAGUGUUGCCACAGGCAGUCACCCAUUUUGAGGAACUGGUAGGGAUGGCUGAAGCACUGCUCAAAGGGGGAGUGACAUCAUCUACAUCCAGCCUGCAUUCACACACUGUUUGGAAAGCAUCUAACAAUCCAUUAGCAGAUUCAUAUGCAGCUAUGCAUAGUAACUCCAGCUCACCAAUAACUCUCAACGUGGAAGAUGAGGAGCAACAGACCGAAAAACAGUUCAAGAUCGAAAAGUGGCAGAUUGCACUUUGUAACAAGAGCAAACCUCAAAAGUUUAUAAAUGACUUGAUGCAAGCACUUUAUACACAUGAAUACAUGGCUACACACAGCCUGACAGGUGCAAAGUCUUCCUCUUCAAAGGAUAAAGCAGCAAAACCAGCUAUGAAUCAGAAUGAAGUUCAAGAAAUCAUAGGAAUCACAAAACAGUUGUUUCCAAACACAGAUGAUGCUUUAAUUAGGCGAAUGAUGGGACAAAAACUGAACAAUUGCACCAAGAAGCCAAUUUUAAGCAAAGAUCUUAACUCAGGUGCUUUCCAGAAGCAUAGCUUUUGUUUGUGCCCAUUGCCUCUGGUCCUGCCACUGGGCACCACAGAGAAGAAGCUCCAUCUUCUUUACACCCUCCCAUCAGAUAUUAAUACAGAUAGUGGCUCAACAGCUGCUCCUCAGGGCAUCAUCUCUUCGGCUGUUCCUCCCAGCACGCAAGACCAGCAGGAUGAUGAUUCACCAGCUGCUAAUGUACAAAUUCAGCAAAGUGACAGCCGUCUGAGUCCUCCACCUGCCACCACACAAGGGCAGCAGGAGUGUUUCAAACCCACUUCUAAGGUGGAGUCUCAUCUCACCAGAAGCUCACCAGCACACUCUCCCAACCAGGGUUGUGGCCAGGAUCUCAGGAAUUCAGACAAGGAAUAACAGAAGGUAUUUCAUACCAGUUCAAAUUCUCAAUGGAGAUUAAGUAGUAUAAAAUAAAAAAGAAAUAAUAUCUAAAGGGGGCCUAGCAACAGUGGGCAGAGAUACUGCAAGCAGAAUAGAAGCCUGAGAACCAUUUUUUGAAACAAAUAAAAAUCCCACAGCUGAGAAAAAAAUGAAGGCAUAUUAAUAUCUUUGGCUUUAAGAUAUUAUCAAAUAUAUGCAUGUUAUGCAGUAAUUUAAAAAUAUAAACUUGUUCUGAGGAAUAUGAGUUCCCCUUAGUUAGAAAAAAACAUUGUUUAAAUACCAAAAGAAUAUAUAAGAGGAACAUGAAUCCCCUUCCUUUUGCCUUGACAGCUGAUGGAGAAGCGCUUUACCGAUCAGAGAAAGCUAUUGCAUAUUAAUACAAAAAAGAUAUAGAGGUAUGAAAAGGCAAUAGAAAAAUUUCCUAGUGAAAUGAAGACUAUGGCCAGCACAGGGCGAGAAAGCAGAGGGCUGCGUGAGCAGAGAAGAAGAAAUAAAAUAGAUAUUUAAGGAUGAUGUUAAGUUGGAAAGUAGAAAACAUUCUUAGGGCAAUGAAACUGCAGCUGUCAAGAUGUCUGCAGGAAUGAAGCAGCUCAUUUUUAACCUCUGAAAGUUGGAAAGGCAAUGAAAGAAGCUGUGCUCCCUCUUAGCUCAGGGAAGAGUCCUCCAGGAUAGCCUGUUUGGUUAUGCAGGCUGUGGCUUCUCUCACAGGCCUUCUGCUGCUGGUACUCUGCUGGUUUGGCAGCUCUCGCUAUCUCUCCUUCCCUGAACAUCAGGUCCAUAGGAUCAGGGUGCCUGAUCCCUCCAGUCAGGAAAUGGAGGACAGUCUCUUGGAAGCGACUAAUAGAGGGCAGGGCUGCCAGCCUCUACUCCCUGUUUGGGUUUUGGUAUGCUACCUCUUGCUUAGAGAGAGUGGACAGGUAGAGCAUUCCUCAUGGGACUGGGACUAGAAAAAUCCCAGUAACUGGACAGUUUCUCUCGAGACCUGGCACCACUUGUCCCAGGGAGCAGCUGGCAGUCACACAUCCUGUAACUGCCUGAGGAGGAGGAGGGGGCGUACAUUUUUUUCCUCGAAGACUGAUUCCAGGUUUACAGUGUGCCGGUAGCACAGGAAGGAGAGAACACCUGAAUUAUAGCUUUUGUGCUUGUGUGUAGUUCUCCCAGAACAGAGAGUACUAACAGUUAAAUGUAUUUCAUAUGUGGCAAACAGGCAACUAAGUAAUCAAUAUGAAAAAAACCCCAACAUAAAGUUGAAGAAACCUAGCUUGAUUUGAAGAGGAUUUCUAUAACUCAGGAGAUGUGAGUUAUAGAAAUAAAUUAGAAAUAGUAUUAGGGUGAAUGCCAGGAAAAAAAUCGGUAGAUAAGGUUUGCAGCCACAUACCUCUAAAGGGAGGUGCUGCAAACCUAACUGUAGUAGAACAAUGCAUUAAUAAAAGGCACUGUAGAGAAGACUUCUUUGUGGGCUGGGGUCUGAAUUAAGUGAUCUGCUAGCCUUUUUCAUCUCUUGUGUCUAUCAGUUCCUUGUAGAUAGGAUCAAGAUGAAAGCAGGUAUGAAAUAUGACGUACGUUCUAUCUCAUGUUAUUAACUACCAUCCAUAAAAUGUAACAGAAGGGUGUUUGCUAUUAUGUACAUUUUGUAUAUGUAAUUGUAUGUACAGCAUAUAAGAAUGUAUAUAGUUAAUCAUAUUUUUGAAGCAACUUUCUAUCAAAUAAAAUGAAACAUUACUAUGUCUUAGUUCUA